GGCGUAAGCACCCGGGAGUAUGCACUUUUGUCCAAGUUCUGGACACUCUUAAUAGGUUACGUUCGACUUUACUCCUCUCAUCACUUCAAUCCGCUCCAUUCCUCUACUCUACUCGAUUCUCCUAUCCGCUUCGCUCCGCUCGCCUCAUCACGGCGGCUCGGUUGAGAGCCCCUGACCUCGGCGUUGUAGGGGCGUCGUUACUGCGUGCAAUGUGUAUCAGCGCGUAGGCGUUGCCAAGCCUAGGCCGAACUCCAGGAGCGACAGCGCAGCAGCGGCACCGACGACAAGAGCAACAGGAGGACCGGACACCCGGGUGUCUGGGUCCGGGUAGGCGCUCGCUCGCUCGAGCGUCUUCCUUGAACGUCGCUCGCGUUUAAUUCCGAGCUGCGGUUACGUCCCGGCGCGCGCCGACGGAGCCAACAGGGCCACGCGAUGCCGCUGAGGCCGAGGCGCCUGACCGGGAACGCGGCCCGCCGACCGGGAACCUGCUGCGAGCCGAUCGGCCCGACUCAUCAGCAGCCAGUCCAGGAGGCCCAGCAGCUCUGAGACAUCGAGACGGUGAUCGCUCAAGCGAGUGAGCGUGAAAUAGAAAGAGAGAGAGAGAAAGAGAGAGAGAGAGAGAGCGAGAGUGAGCGAGAGAGGAGAGUGAGAUAGAGGGAGUGAGAAAGAAAGAACGGGACAGACAGUUGGCAAGGACGAGUCCGGAGGACACGCCAGCACGCAGGAAGAAGCUGUUGUAUAUAAAAGCGGCGCUGAAGAAUUGCUGGCAUGUCAAGCAAUCAGCUGGUUGAUUCUUGUCUCUUGGUGAAUCGGAGGAUUGAGCAGAGACAGGAGCACAACAUUACUCGCACUGAAAUCACACAGAGACGCGUUCUUCAAGACAAAGGCUCCGACAUGCCACAGUACACUGGACAAGGUGACACCGAUUAUCAUGGGAGCAACGGCCAAGCAGACACACAUUCUCUACAUUCUUCUCAUCUAUCGGUGCAGGAUGAUCCCUUGCUCCUACGAACACAUAAGCAGCAAACCUCCCAACAAGUGACGACGGUGACGAAAGUCGUCCGGGAGGUCGCACACAUGGAGCCCGAUCCUGGAACCGUGAACUAUGUGUCCAUGCCCUUGAUGACACAGGAUUACCAGCACGCAGAUCCGCGGUAUGCAGCCGAUCCCUACAUGGUUAAUUUCGACCAUUUCGAUCCAUACAUGGGAUGUCCUCCACAGCCUGGAUAUGCAGGCCCUCACGGUAUCUACAUGCCUCGUCCACAUUCUCCCCAUAGCCCCCAUAGUCCCUCUGAGCACAGUCGCGCUUCUCCCGCACAUGAAUAUUUGGGAAAAGGAGCGCCAUUCGUCGAGGGGGGUUACAAUGAUAUAGAUCCAGGCUUGAAUUCCGCUUUGCAAGAUCAUUAUCGUAUCACUCCGAGUCCUGGCGGCCCCGGAGAUCAAUAUGAUCAAAUUAGCAAUCCGUGGAACAUGGACGAUUCGGGCGAGCCUUCACAGCAUCCACACGACGAGGGUAAAGUUGCGUACGGAUACGUGUCGCCCUCGCCGUACGGUCAUGUGCGCUAUGGACCGCCAGUGGGCGUUGGCGUUGGAGUGACUGGAGAUGUUCCUGGCUACGAGGACGGUGUCGUCGGGCACAUCCCCGUGGGUGCAAUUCCCAACGCCAGUAUCGUCGGCCCGGGCUUGUACGAGGACGAGGUACACCUACAGCGACUAAAGGCCCAUCACUCCCUGGUACCGGGUAUGGUCAGCCCCCUCGAUGACGAUCAGAAGUCGAUGCGAUGGCGCGAUCCCAACCUUCCCGAGGUCAUAAGCUUCCUGAGCAACCCGAACAACAUCAUCAAAGCGAAUGCUGCGGCGUAUCUGCAGCACCUAUGCUACAUGGACGAUCCUAAUAAACAGAAGACGCGUAGCCUCGGAGGCAUACCGCCGCUCGUUCAACUCCUGGACUCUGACAGCCCGGACGUAUAUAGAAACGCCUGCGGCGCUCUAAGGAACCUCUCCUACGGUCGUCAAAACGACGAAAACAAACGGGCCAUAAAGAACGCUGGUGGUGUGCCAGCCCUCAUAAAUCUUUUGCGUAGAACAUCGGACGCGGACGUAAAGGAGCUCGUCACCGGUGUACUUUGGAACCUGUCCUCCUGCGAGGACCUGAAGAAGUCCAUCAUCGACGACGGCGUGACGAUCGUCGUGAUCAACAUCAUUAUUCCACACAGCGGCUGGGAUCCGAGCUCAUCGAGCGGCGAGACCUGCUGGUCGACAGUCUUCAGGAACGCAUCGGGCGUCCUGCGAAACGUCUCGAGCGCCGGUGAAUACGCGAGGAAGAAGUUGCGCGAGUGCGAGGGCCUCGUCGAUGCCCUGCUCUACGUAGUCCGCUCGGCGAUCGAAAAGUCCAACAUUGGUAACAAGAUCGUUGAGAAUUGCGUAUGCAUACUCAGGAACCUAAGCUACCGCUGUCAAGAAGUCGAGGAUCCGAAUUACGAUAAACAUCCGAUUCAGUCAAACGUUCAGAAUAGGGUAGCGGCACCCACUAAAGUCCUGAAUGGUUUUGCCCUAGGCGAGAAUUUGGGAUGCUUUGGAGGAAGUAAGAAAAAAAAGGAUGGUCAGCCAGUGCAGAAGGAAACGAGUAUGACUAGGACGACUAGUCCACGAACAGAACCCGUAAAGGGAAUGGAAUUGCUUUGGCAACCAGAAGUAGUUCAAUCGUAUUUAAGUCUUUUACAUAAUUGUUCAAAUCCGGAAACCCUCGAAGCUGCUGCCGGAGCUUUACAGAAUUUGGCUGCUUGCUAUUGGCAGCCAAGUAUCGAAAUUCGAGCCGCUGUGAGGAAAGAGAAGGGUCUUCCCAUUCUAGUGGAAUUGUUAAGGAUGGAGGUCGAUAGAGUCGUAUGCGCAGUAGCUACAGCUCUUCGAAAUUUGGCAAUUGAUCAGCGCAAUAAAGAACUCAUUGGAAAGUAUGCGAUGAGAGAUCUCAUUCAAAAAUUACCAUCAGGAAAUAAUCAGCACGAUCAAGGGACCAGCGAUGAUACGAUCGCAGCUGUUCUAGCGACCUUGAACGAAGUCAUUAAAAAGAAUGCUGAAUUUUCGAGGUCCCUAUUGGAUGCAGGAGGUGUCGAGAGGCUCAUGAAUAUAACGAGACAGAGACAGAAAUAUACACCACGGGUUCUCAAAUUUGCAGGUCAAGUUUUAUUUACAAUGUGGCAACAUCAAGAGCUGAGAGAUGUGUAUAAAAAGCACGGAUGGAAGGAACAAGACUUUGUAACGAAAACGGUAGCAGCUAGGAAUUCUGGUCCAAAUUCUCCCAAUAACGCAAAUAGUUAUGAUUUUAGCACGUUGAACCGGCCGAUGGCGAGUCAAGGUAGCACAAGAUACGAAGACAGAACGAUCCAAAGGGGUACCCUUAACUCUAAUAAUGUCGGACGAUCUAACAUCUAUCAAUCGCAAAACGAGGAGAUCGCUAUGUCGGAUAUGCAGUAUCCAAAACAAGGAACUCACGCAGUACCUGCUGGUGGCGUAUGCGUGUUUCCUACGAAUUCACAGCCGAAACCCGGUGAGCCGCUCUACGCGCAAGUUAACUUGGAGAAGAAAAAGAAACGUCAGUACGAGCUUGGGGUGGGCCAGGGUGGUCAGGGCGGAGUGGCGCCCCAGGGCGUCACGGCGGCAGCUGGUUCGCAAUGGCUCAACGACGGCGUCGGCCAGGAAACGCCGGCAUCGACCGUCAACGUACCUCCAAACUCGACGGCGGUAUCAGCCGGCGACUCAUGGGUAUAACGCGCUAACUGGCGCGCGGAGGAUGCACAGGGUUUUAGAAAGAGAUAUAC